CUGAAACAAGGCAACCUUGCGUCAGACUAUAGACUUGGAAACCAUGGUGGAGUGAGCAAAACGUCGAUGUUUCUUUUCUUUGCCGUAUCGUUCUCUUCCUGUUCCUCCGUCUCGGGGGCUUUGGUUUGGGGAGUUUUAGAUAAUUUCUGCUUUGAUUCCUUCAAAUUUAUUAUUUUCGCCCAUGUCUAUGCAUAUUAGCCUGAUAUAAUGCGAUUCUUCGACUCUUAUCUCCGCAUUCGACGUUACAGCAGAACAUUGCCUUUCCUCCCUACUUUCAUUUAGGUGACUUCCAAAAUCGAAAUUUGAAUUGAGCUACUUUGUGCCGAUGCAGACCGUAUUACUGGGCAAGUUUGGAAUGAAUGGAAUGAUGGUCCCAGCAACAAGCAAUUCCUGCACCAUUAGAUUCCCUCGCAUUCUCCACAAGGCAUUUACAUUACCAUUUGAAAGGAGAACAUGUGGAAAAGGAAAUUUAGGGAAAUUUUCCACACAUGCCUCGCCUAUGAUUUCUUUGACAGCCGCUCCCAUGCCUCAACCACCCUCAUCUAUGGUAUUAGCCUCCCAACUUUCACAAUCUGAUGUUCCACAACGAUCAGAAGAGUGGUUUGCCCUUCGUAAGGACAAGCUGACUACAAGCACCUUCAGUACUGCCUUAGGAUUUUGGAGUGGGAAUCGUCGUCCUGAGCUGUGGAAUGAGAAAGUAUUUGCACCAGAGGCACAAAUCAUGGAACCUUCUCAGAGAGGUGCCAUGGAUUGGGGUGUGCUGAAUGAAGCAGCAGCUAUAGAUCAGUACAAGAAAAUCACAGGUCAUGAGGUGAGCUCAAUGGGUUUCGCUGUUCAUCCGAAAGAGUGCUUUGAUUGGCUUGGUGCCUCACCCGACGGUCUUCUUGGUUGCUUCCCAGAAGGUGGGAUACUUGAAGUCAAGUGUCCUUACAACAAGGGCAAGCCUGAAACUGCCUUACCAUGGUCUGCCAUGCCUUUCUAUUACAUGCCUCAAGUGCAAGGUCAGAUGGAAAUAAUGGAUCGUGAUUGGGUUGAUUUGUAUUGUUGGACACCAAACGGAAGCACGAUCUUUCGCGUGUGCAGGGAGCGCGAGUAUUGGGACUUGAUACAUGGGAUUCUGCGAGAGUUUUGGUGGGAAAAUGUGAUUCCUGCUAGAGAAGCUGUGCUGUUAGGGAGGGAAGAUGAGGCCAAGAUAUAUAAGCCUCAAUCUAGACACAAACUGACAGGGUUAGUAAUUUCUAAAAGCAUCAAGUUAGCUGGUGCAGCAAAGCUGUUGUGCAGGGAGAUUGCAGGUCAUGUUGAAUUCUAUAAGUGACUAGAGGCACAAGCAACAAGGUCAAGCAACUGCCUUGACGGUCUGAUCCUUAUAUUUGUUAAUCCAUUGUUUUCAUGUAUUCUUUAAUUGCUUCUUUAAUGCUAAUCCCUUUGAAUCAAGAGAUUUUUUGAUUGGUUGGCAUUACAGGAAGAUUUAAUAUAUUAGCUUAAUUUCGUA